UAAAGAUAUCAAAAUGAUCAAGGAAUAUGAUUAUUUGUUUAAAUUAGUGAUUGUUGGGAAUUCAGGUGUUGGUAAAUCUUCUCUACUUUUGAGAUUUUCAGAUGAUACAUUUAGUGAUUCAUAUUUAACUACAAUCGGUGUAGAUUUUAGAUUUAAAACACUUGAAAUCGAUGGUAAAAAAGUUAAAUUACAAAUCUGGGAUACAGCUGGUUAAGAGAGGUUUAGAACUAUUACAAGUGCAUAUUACAAAGUAUUCUAUAAUUUUAAUAUUAAGGGAGCUGAUGGUAUUGUAUUAGUAUAUGAUGUAUCUUCCCUUGCUUCUUUUGAAGAUAUAGAUAAAUUUUGGAUUAAUGAAGUCGAUUCAUAUGCUGAAAAAAACGUUGAAUUAUUAUUAUUGGGAAACAAAAGUGACAUUGAGGAAAAAGUGUAAUGCCCAUCUCCUCUAUAAUAGAGUAACUACAUAAAAGGCCUUAGACUAUGCAAGUAUAAGAAAAAUGGCACAUAUGGAAGUAAGUGCAAAGACUGCUGAUUAAGUGUCUAAAGCUUUCCUUUAAUUAUCGAGAAAAUUGAUAGCAAAAAAAGAUUCUUAAGGAACAAAGGGAACAGGGUAUCAAUUUUACAAAUAAUUUUAGACCUCAAAAAACACAACAAACACCUGGAUAGAAAAUUGGUUAAUAAAAUUAAGAAAGUAACAAAUAAAAAGAUGGAUGCUGUUGAUUGUUGAAUGAAUAAAU